UUUGCCAGAGUCAAGGUAAGUUUGUGGUUAUAUCACAAAAAAAAAUAUUUUUUUUGCGAUUAUAAAUUUAUACAAAACCUUCGGUGUGUGAGUUCUACUUGCACUUGGCCGUUUUGUUUUAAACUUUUGCGACACCUACUAAAACUAUUAAGGAAUGAAAAAUUAAAUUGUCUCAAAUACAUAUGCUUCAGUUGAAGGACAGGAAUGGGGGGGAAGCAUGUGUAUAAUAAGACAAAACUUACAGGAUCCGGUAACAAAACAAAGGAAGGUGGGUUCGCGAAAGUGCGAAGCGUUGGGGAUGUAAUUUGGCACUUUUUUUGUUUUCCUUUUGUGCUCCAUCUGUGCUAACAAAUAGCGACGAAAGUGGCACGACGAUAGUCGACAGAUUACGAUUUGGGACGUGCCAUGCCAACACUCAGCGCCCAGCGCCGUUUUGCCAUCCACCAACCACCCCAAAAACGACGCUACCAGCAUAGCACAGUACAGUCGGAUUUUAGAAACGAAAACGCGACGUUCGUUUUACGCUAUCGACGCGACGCUCUCAGGGGUUGGCACGUCGAAGUUGCGCAAAAAGUUUUCUUUGAAAAAUUAUAUUUUUACUAACAUAAUUAUUAAUAAGAGUAGGUCAUUUUGCACAUUUAUAUAGAAUCUUAAUCAACUUUCGACUUUUACAUUCACUAUGAUUAUUGCUCGAAAAAUAAGUUUAUUAUUUGUCAUUGUUUGUAUAAAGGACAACAUAAGUGCAGAAUAUGAUAACAGCUGGAUAGCUUACAAAGAGCAACCGUGUUGUUUGAAAACAGAAUCACAUCAUGUAAGACAUGGAAAGGAUCACGUACGAGAAUUUAGUUGUGGAAAGCUUUACUAUCGCACUUUUUACGCAGAUGAAGACAGUGAUUCCCUUUACGUCGGUUCUAUGGACCGAGUCUUCCGAUUAAAUAUGAAUAAUGUGAACCAUACGGACUGUCAGAAGGAUUCCCUAGUCCUUGAACCCAACUGGGUAGCAAGUUGUGUAUCUAGAGGGAAAUCGGAGCAAUUCGAAUGCCGAAAUCAUAUUAGGGUAAUUCAACCAAUAGGAGACGGCAAAAAAUUGUACAUAUGUGGAACCAACGCUUAUAAUCCAAAAGACUGGAUAGUGCAUUCAAAUUUGACCCAUCUUGGUCGCAACACGUUUAUUCCGGGAAUAGGAUUGGGUAUUGCGAAAUGCCCGUACGAUCCUCUCGACAACUCGACGGCUGUUUGGGUUGAAAAGGGAAAUCCAGGAAAUCUGCCGGGACUUUAUUCAGGAACCAAUGUGGAAUUUACAAAUGCUGACGCCGUUAUAUUUCGAACAGAUUUAUAUAACUUUACCAGCGGUCGGAAAGAGUACAACUUUAAAAGAACGCUAAAAUACGACUCAAUGUGGCUUGAUAAGCCACACUUUGUCGGUUCGUUCGAAAUGGAUGAUCACGUCCUGUUCUUUUUUCGGGAGACGGCCGUUGAGUACAUAAACUGCGGAAAAAGCAUUUAUUCACGAGUAGCUCGCGUUUGCAAGAAGGACACCGGUGGGAAAAACAUCCUUCAUCACAACUGGGCAACGUACAUUAAAGCCAGGCUGAAUUGUUCCAUUCCCGGAGAAUAUCCUUUCUACUUCAACGAAAUCCAGAGCGUGUAUAGACUCGCGAGGGGAGAUACGACUUUCUUCGCGACGUUUACGACUUUGACAAACGGCCUGAUGGGUUCGGCCGUGUGUGCAUUUCGUUUAUCAGACAUCGAAAAGGCGUUCGGCGGCAAGUUCAAGGAGCAGGCAUCCUCGGUCUCGGCCUGGCUUCCCGUCCUUUCGAACAGGGUGCCGGAACCGCGCCCAGGAACUUGCGUCAACGACACCGAAACAUUACCAAACUCCGUCUUGAACUUCAUCAGAUUACAUCCCUUGAUGGAUUCUGCCGUCUCGCAUGAGAAUGAGCGACCGAUAUUUUUUAAAAAGGACCUCGUCUUUACAAGGAUAGUAGUCGACCAAGUGAACGUGGACUUGGGCGGAAUGAUGCAGGAUUACUUUGUCAUUUAUGCCGGAACAGUCGAAGGCAGCGUCUAUAAAGUGGUUUACUGGCGCGAAAGUAAUCGCCUAGACUCCUCGUCAAUACUCCUGGACGUUUUCCACGUGACGGAAGGAGAGGCGAUCCAAGUAAUGGAGUUAUCGAAAAAGCAUAAAGCGCUUUACGUAGCGUCCGACCACCGAAUCAAACAAAUAGACUUGGUUAUAUGCCAUCAAUAUGAUAGCUGUCUAAGGUGCGUUAGGGACCCCUAUUGCGGCUGGAAUAAGGAGGAAGCCGCCUGCAGUCCUUACUCUCCAGGGCAGUUAGAGCUGAGGCUGCAACAUGGAGAUUACAUUUUUUUUAAUAUGUAUAGAUCAGACAAAUACAUCGAAACGUCCCAGCAUGGUCUCGUUAUAUUAAGCGCUCAACAAGAAGAUUCAGGACAAUACGACUGCUUCGUUGGCACUUCCCUUCUAUGUUCGUAUGAGGUUAAUAUAGACUUUGAUAGAUGUUUAUCGCCUAAUCAAAAUGAAAAUUACCAAAAAAUUUACGCUGAUUGGUGCCGUGAAUUUGAAAAAUACAAGCAGUCUCGAAAAACAUGGGAGAAGAAAGAGGCGCGUUGCGCGGCGAAGAGAAUCAAUACAAACAAAGGUUCAAGUAAACAAGAAGAAUUAAGAAAAAGUCAGAACAACGUUCGAUGAAUAUGCAAUAAUGAUGCCCCCCCCUUAAUCUAAACUGUGAUACUUGCAUUUCAACAUUACGAUGGUUUACCCUGUUUGUGUAAACAUAAACGAAUCUACAAGAAAUGUUAAAUACCUAUACAAAUACAUAACUACUAUCAUUAAUAAAUAAUGACCCGAGUACCUAUUUCUAAACCUGUGAUAAAAGUUCUCCGAUUUUAAAACAAACAGUGUGCUUAAAUAUCCAGUUUCUCUUUUGUUUACGUCUAGUGAAUGGACUUUACCUUAUUGUAAGGAAUAGAUUAAUUUUAAUAAAUAUAUGAUGCUUAAUAAUUCGAAAAUUUUCUUAUUUUUGUAGCUAAUAAAUAAUUAUGUCUGUAAUUGCCUGGUACUAUGGUCUUGAAGGAAAUACACGGUUGAAUAGUUUAUUUUACAAGUGUGACGAUUGGAAAAACUUUGGCGGUUGUUGUAGAACAAAUAAAAUAGCUCAAACCCCAACGCCAAAACACGACACUAGUUGAAACUCAAGCUGAAGAAGGUAACGUUGUUACCAAAAAGUGCUUUGGACAACUAAAGUGUCGUGUUUUGGCGUUGGAAUUUGAGUUAUUUUGUUUGUUCUAUUUUAUAAGUGUUGUUAUUUAAGGGUAUUUUUGAAUCUUCUUAUUAUUAUAUAAUUACGA